UGUGUGUAUUGUUUAAACUGCUCAAAUCGGCCACAGAGUUUCCCGACCCAUAAAACUUCCAUCAAACCGAGUGAUGGCGGCCACCGUGUCUGUUAGCACCGCUGCCAGAGAAGAAAGUACAGACACAGGGUCCAGUUUCGCCUCUCGUCCACUAAAUGAAAAUUACGACCUUGCCGCGGACCAAGAAAACUGGAUGCCCGGAGAUCGCAGGUAUCCCGAACUCGCACCCGGAGAAGAGGACGUUACGACGGGACGCGAGUGUCAGCGAAGGGUCGACGAGGACUUGGCAUCACUGAGCCCCGAAGAGAUUGAAAGCCGCUUGGAGCGAACUCGCCGGGAGUUUUACAACCGUAGAAAGAUAAUUAUAAAAAAUCUACCCUCCGAUGUUAGCAACCAGGAGGUCCAUGAGCUGUUGGGAAACUAUGACUUGAAGUACUGCUUCGUUGACAAAUACAAGGGCACAGCGUUUGUGACGCUACUCAAUGGGGAACAGGCCCAGUGCGCCAUCAAAGAGUUCCACCAGCAUGCGCUGCGGGACAGGGAGAUCUCGGUGCAGCUGCAGCCGACCGACUCGCUGCUGUGCAUCGCCAACCUGCCCCGCGCUUUCACCCAGCAGCAGUUCGAGGAGCUGGUGCGGCCUUUUGGCAACCUGGAGCGCUGCUUCCUGGUUUACAGCACCUCCACGGGGCAUUCCAAGGGCUACGGGUUCGUGGAAUACAUGAAGAAGGACUCGGCGGCCAGGGCCAAGUCCGAGCUCCUCGGGAAACAGCUGGGCUCCCGCAUGCUGUACGUCCACUGGACUGAGGUGGGCUCCCUCACAUACCCGCUGCUGCACUCCAAAUGCCUGUGCGUGGACCGCCUGCCCCCGAGCCUGCUUACGGCCCAGGACCUCCGCAGUGCCCUGGCUGACACGCACGCACCGGUUUUCUGCCAGUUGGCUCAGGGACAAGAUGGAAGUUUCCGGCGUUUUGCGGUGUUGGAGUUCGCCACGGCGGACAUGGCUGAGGAGGCACAGCGACUCACAGAUGGCAGGCUGCUGGGCGGGACACACAUCAGGGUGUCCUUCUGUGCCCCCGGCCCUCCCGGAAGAAGCAUGUUGGCCGCCCUGAUUGCCGCGCAGACCAUGGCUGUAAACAGGGGUAAAGGUCUCCUCCCUGAUCCCACAGCCAUGCAAAUACUCACAGGCCUCAACAACCCCGCCACCCUCAAGAUGCUGCUCAACCCGAUGUCGCAGGGACACAAACAAGGCCUCCUCGGGGCAGCCCCCACAAUGCCGCUGCUGGCCAACCCCGCUCUCUCUGCUGCCCUGCUCCAGCUGCUCCUUCAGAAUCAAGCCAAAGCCCAGCAGCAAGCCUUUUUGGGAAAUCAUCUUCUGUGGGCUCAGGCUGGACUCAUUGGGGAGAAUCCUUUGGCUGCUCUGCCUGUCCAGCAGGGAGUCCAUCUGCUCGGAGAACUGCCCCAAGGCGGUGUUGUCCCGGGGCUGGGGCUUCAGACAGAUCCUCUGCCUCCCCUAAAGCCGAUGCCACUCGGCAGAGCCAUGACAAGAGAGCAGGAGUCCCCCACAUCAGCAUGCACCUUCCCUCAGACCUCCUCUCCCACCCUACAAGGCAUCUCCAUGCCCCUGAUGGGAGGCAUAAUGGGGGCAGAUGGCCUCACAGCGCAAGGGGUAUCCAUACUGGGAGACCCUCCAAAAGAUGCAAACCUUCCUCAGAGCGCCUUCCUAGGUGUCAACAGUGCUUUUCCCUCAGGAGGAAGCUGCAGACCUCACCCCUACAGGAAGAGACCCACACUAAGUAACGUGUCCAACCAGCACACCCACCAGAGCGUGCAACCCAACUACAACCUGCGUUACCAGGAUUCCUACAGCCCCGAAUAUACUGCUUUACAUCAGGACGCCCUAGCCCACUUGUAUGAGCAGCAGGAAAACCUUGAUGGCGGGGCCUUGGCAGGAUUUGGCCACCAGCUUUCUCAUCACCCUGAAUACAAUGAGCAGUUUUCACAUUACAGCUAUGCUCCCAGCCCACCCCUGUCCUCAUACUUUAACUCAGGGCAUGAGGCCUCCGGUAACAACAGCAUCCCAGCCACCCAGCUCAACAGGGCUGUGGGAAUGCCCCCUGUAAGCCACACUGCUGGCUACCACCCAGCGCCAGGAAAUACCUUGAAGACGCCCAUUGGAAGCCACAAGCGAGUGUUCUCCCGUCUGAUCCCAUCUCCAGAGCCGAGCCCGGAGGGGGGCUACGUGGGCCAGCACUCUCAAGGCCUCGGUGGCCACUAUGCGGACUCCUACCUUAAGCAUGAUGUGACCAAGAGUGGCACCGCAGCAGACUGCUCAUGUUGUGUAUGGACCAAGAGACGCAGCUGUACUGUAUGAUCAUCAUUUAGAUUGAUAUGGAUUUAAAACUGCUAUCCUCUCCUCUGUACCACCAUGGUCGUCUCUGUAUGAGUGUAUGAUGUGCGCUAGUAAAUGUUAUUUAAAUCCA